GCGGCUCAGCCUCUGCCAUGGCCGGAUCCGGCGCGUGGAAGCGCCUCAAAUCUCUGCUAAGGAAGGAUGAUGCGCCGCUGUUUUUAAAUGACACCAGCGCCUUUGACUUCUCGGACGAGGUGGGGGACGAGGGGCUUUCUCGGUUUAACAAACUUCGAGUUGUGGUGGCCGAUGAUGGUUCUGAAAUCCCAGAAAGGCCUAUUAACGGGGCGCACCCGGCCCUGCAGGCCGACGACGAUUCCUUACUGGACCAGGACUUAGCUUUGACCAACAGUCAGCUGAGUUUGAAGGUGGACCCCUGUGACAACUGCAGCAGACAGCGAGAGUUACUGAAGCAGAGAAAGGUGAAAACCAGAUUGACCAUUGCGGCCGUUCUUUACUUGCUUUUCAUGAUUGGAGAACUUGUAGGUGGAUAUAUUGCAAACAGCCUAGCAAUCAUGACAGAUGCGCUUCAUAUGUUAACUGACCUAAGCGCUAUCAUACUGACCCUGCUUGCUUUGUGGCUAUCUUCAAAAUCACCAACCAAAAGAUUCACCUUUGGAUUCCAUCGCUUAGAGGUUUUAUCAGCUAUGAUUAGUGUGCUGUUGGUGUAUAUACUUAUGGGAUUCCUCCUAUAUGAAGCUGUCCAAAGAACUAUCCAUAUGAAAUACGAAAUAAAUGGAGAUAUAAUGCUCAUCACUGCAGCAGUUGGAGUUGCUGUUAAUGUAAUAAUGGGGUUUCUGUUGAACCAGUCUGGUCACCACUCCCAUUCCCACUCCCUGCCUUCAAAUUCUCCUACCACAGGUUCUGGCUGUCGGCACAACCAUGGGCAGGACAGCCUGGCGGUGAGAGCUGCAUUUGUACAUGCCUUGGGGGACUUGGUGCAGAGUGUUGGUGUACUAAUAGCUGCAUACAUCAUAAGAUUCAAGCCAGAAUACAAGAUUGCUGAUCCCAUCUGUACAUAUGUAUUUUCAUUACUUGUGGCUUUUACAACAUUUCGCAUCAUAUGGGACACAAUAGUUAUAAUACUAGAAGGUGUACCAAGCCAUUUGAAUGUAGACUAUAUCAAAGAAGCCUUGAUGAAAAUAGAAGAUGUAUAUUCCGUGGAAGAUUUAAAUAUCUGGUCUCUUACUUCAGGAAAACCUACUGCCAUCGUACACAUACAGCUAAUUCCUGGAAGUUCAUCUAAAUGGGAGGAAGUACAGUCCAAAGCAAAGCAUGUAUUAUUGAACACAUUUGGCAUGUAUAAAUGCACUGUUCAGCUUCAGAGUUACAGGCAAGAAGUGGACAGAACUUGUGCACAUUGUCAGAGUUCCAGUCCUUAACUUGAUACGUUUUGGGGACUACUGCCUUAUUCAUCCUGCAGUCACAGAGCUGAGGGCAGUAAAUGCGCACAUCUGCCUGAGGAAAUGGACUCCCUACCAGCUGUGUCCACAUCAAGCAGGGUCCCUCAGAACAGUCACUCCAGCCGGACAGCGCUAGUUUCUGUUUAAUGGUAAGAUGAGACUUCACCCUGAUUGUCAGAUGAAGGUGUUUCCAAAACGCUAUUCAGAGAGUAAGAUGUGACUCCACGGAUACCUCAAAGAAGACAAUCCAAGACCACACUGCAUUAAUUAUGACAAAGUACAUGUCUUAAAAGAAGCAUCAAGAAUUCAGUAUUUGCAUUUAAAAAUCCUUUUUAAAGACCAUUUUUUAUCAAGCCAGUGCUGGAAAACUGAAUUUUUUUUAUUAUGUAAUCUUGACAUCCGGCUUCUGAAAUUUGACACCCAGCUCUCUUUUUACAGAAAUUAUUUCUCAGCAGAUUUCAGAGAGUACUAGCCAUUAUCCAGAGAGUGGAAUAAGCAUGUAUUCCCACAUUUCAGAAAUGUUUUAUUUCACAAAUAACUUAGUUAUUAUUAUAGUUAUACUUUAUAAACAGUUUUUUCCAGAUGUUAUGGGGUUUUGCAUCUCAGAGUUAACAUUUUGGGUUAUUUGUAAUCUUAAUCAGAACCAAAUCUUUACAUAUUGUGAUCACUGUCAUUAGGAUUAUUUAGGAAGUAUUUUCAAUACUAUUCUGAAUGGCAGAAGUUCAUCUUAAACUCAAGUUACAAUAUGAUAAUGUAAAACAAAAUAUAGGAGUAAGGAUGGAGUGUGGAAUGUCAGAUUUAAGUCUUCCUGAAAUCAUUUUUAUUGUUCAUGGAAUUAUCUUUACUUAAGAAUAGGAGGAGACUGCAAAAUGUAAACAGUGGUCCUCUGUCCUUUCAAGAACUAGAAGUUUGCUUGGUACCUUGCUUCCGGCCUCCUUACCAGUUAGUCAGUUUGGGGCCUUUCUGGGUAAAACUCUGGAGGACUAAGGGUCAGUUUAUAAUGCCCAUCUUUCACAUGUGGAUUAACCACAUUCCUCCAGAGAGAUUUUCUGUUUGAUGAUAUGGGUUAGGGAUUCUCCAGGGACUCCAGAAACCCUAAGAUAUAAUUUUGAGGUUUUCCAAUAAUACCACAGCAGAAAUGCCCAGAGAUAGGGAGAAGACAUUGCUCUGGAAAAAAAGAAAGAAAGAAAGAAAGUCGAGGGUUUUUGACCUAGUGUUUGUGUUUUUCAAAGCACAGGAAUAGGGAUGGACAUUCAGUCAGUCUGUGGUGUGGGGAGGCUAACCAUGAAACUUUCCAAACUGAAUGCAACCUAAUUGGUAACAGUUGUGUUAAAGAGGCAGCUGUGACUAUUCAUGUUCCAUUUUGCAACUGUUGGUUUUGAGAUUAUCUUUAUGCACUUCAGGAGUCCGUUUUCACAGGGACAGUUUCUUAACCAAGAAUGGCUAUGGUUCUUUGGGUUCGCAGAGACUCAAGAGUAGAGUACAGUGUACUGGACAGACAGGUUAUGAAUUGAAAGCCUACAUAAACAUGGCUUAUAAAUAUCAAAGAAGGAUAGGAAACAGAUUUCCUCUUUCUACCAAGUACUUCACUGUAAGUAAACUGAAGAUAAAAUCUGAAUUUACCUGAAAGAUGAUUAUGAGUUGAUGGUAUCCCCCAAAAAAGGGUUGAUGAGGGUUAAUGGUAUUGAAUAAAAUCCAGUAAGUAUUUACUGAAUUGAAUUGAAAAUUAACUUUAGGGGAUUCUUACUGUGGAUCCAUUUAAAAUAAUGAUUUGAAUUUUUCAAAAAUUUGGGUGGUAUAUAAACUGUUUAAACCAAAAUUCUCAUAAAUAUGGAAGGCAAAUAAGAAUAAAUGAGAAGCAUUUCAGUGGACAUCUGGACAUUUAUGGACUUUGGGGUGCCUAGCAAGAGAAAGGAAAAGAAUAUCCAUUAUAUGCUAAGGGAUUUUCCCAUAUUUGUAGUUGUUUCCCAUGUCCACGGAGCUUGUUUCUUGUAAACUUCCCUUUAUCUUAAAUAGGUAUAUCUUACUUUUCAUAUCAACCUAUUUCUUGAAAAGUUACUUGAUAAAACAGUCUAAAAUCCAUUCGAGGAUUGAAAAGGAGCCUUUUGUAAAAUGCAGAAACACUGAAAACUUCUGUGAAUCUUAAUGACUGUGUUCUAUUGAAAGUGAGGUACACAUGAAGUUUCCUGUCUUUGUCUUUUGUAGCAAGGAUUACAGAUUUUGUACUUUACUGGGUCUGUGAGACUGAGAAUUGAUAGAUUUCCCUUUUUGUAACUUGACAAAACCCACAAAGGAGUGUGUGAAUUUAGCAGAUACGACCAGGGGACCAGGGAGUGGUCUGCCUCUGAUAAGGAGCCUUGGGUCUGUCCCUCACCUGCCGAGCUGCAACCCCAAGUUACACCCCUCAGCCAGCCCUCAUAGGAAGAGUUCACCAUCCUGUGACAAGCGGUGGCGAAUUGUGGAUAAACACCUAGCAUGGUUAAUUUUGCACUGGGAGAACAGAUCACAGCAUAAAAACUAGGCAGUUUCUUCAGUGUGAUGUAUUUUAAUUAACAUUUGCAAAUAAUCAGAGUUACUUGUGUACAUAAAACCCGUGUUUCACAACUCUGACCAGAGGGCAGGGUUUUGAUUUUAGAGAAAGACCUAUUUUUCAUUAACGAUCAUGCUGCCUUAGAAAUCUAAUGUGAGGAAUACAGUUGAAUAAGGCAUCUCUCAGAGGGCUUUGAAAUGAAGAACCACAAGCAAAUGGAAUUCCCACAUACACUUUAUAUUAGAGCUGUGCCUUGUGUAACGUGAGCCCAGGUUUUCGCAGCUUGCAGCUCCCAUCAGUAUUGUUUGCCAAAUCACAGGAUCUCUUAUUUUACUGUUUUCUUUUCAGAUUUUGGUACUUUAUUUGCAUUUUCUAAAAUUAAGUUUCCUGCUCUUGAAAGUCUCAGUGUUCUGGUUCUGUCUCUUGAACUCAAGUGUCUUCACUGACAGUGUUUGUCUUUAGUAGAAUUUUCCCAGAAUAGACACAGGCGAGAUUAGAUACAUGAGCUUUCCGUUCAUUUUAAUGUGAGGAAAACCAUCUUUCAGAAACAAAGCACCACUUAUAAAUGUAUUUCUAGGUGAGGAAGAACGUUUUUUUUUUUAACAGCUGCUUGUCCUGAUCCAAAUUUCUCUGCACACUGAACUUUACAGAAUAAGUAUGAUAGCAAUAGACUACACUGUACAACCAUGAGUGAAGAUCAUUUCUAGUAAGACUCUGGGUUUUGUUUCUCAAACAACUACUCAUUACUUUAGAAAAGAUAGUCAUUCACUUCUGAAACAAGCACAAUUAGCUAAAUUUCUUUUCUUUUUCUUUUUUAUUAUUUUUAGUAGGCUCCACGCUGAGCUUAAACCCACGACCCUGAGA